GUAGAUGGCAUAAAAGAGCUUUUCUCUCCGCCCCCCAGCAUUCAAAUGUAGUUCCUAGUGAAAUGAAUGUUUGAGGAAGUACUUAAAUUUCUUACUGACUGCCAAUGCGACAGACGGGCAGGUUGUGUUGAGUUUACAUGAAUGGUGAUGAAAGGGGUCUACUGGGCCCCCUCGUAUAUUCAAAGAAAUCAAGAUAACCAAGGCAUCAUUGGAUACCUCUGUAAAAGUGUCCUUUUGUGCCCAUGGAGAGAUGUGAGGGGAUAUGUGAAGAGGAAUUUGACUCUUUGCCAAUAUUGAUGGCUUGCCUGUCUAAUGCAGCUCCAAGAGAUUGAGAUCUGUACCUGUAUGGAGAUGGUCUGAGGAAUAGCAACUACACUUAGGAAUGUCUGGUCUUACAAAAUGAUGAGAACUAAUUCUAGCAUCUUCCAUUUUGCCAUAAUCUUCAUGUUAAUAUUUGAGUCCAGAACCCAACUGUCUGAUGAAAGUGAAUUUCUAGUUAACAGAUCAAAAACUGGUCUCUUUCAUGUUCCCAAAGACCUAUCCUUGAAAACAACAAUCUUAGAUAUAUCACAAAAUUAUAUAUCUGAGCUUCACACUUCUGACAUCCUAUCACUAUCAAAGCUGAGGAUUUUGGUAGUUUCUCAUAAUAGAAUUCAAUAUCUUGAUAUCAGUGUUUUCAAAUUCAACCAGGAACUGGAAUACUUGGAUUUGUCCCACAAUGAGUUGGGGAAGAUUUCUUGCCAUCCUACCGUGAACCUCAAGCACUUAGACCUCUCGUUUAAUGCAUUUGAUCAUUUGCCCAUAUGCAAAGAAUUUGUCAACAUGUCUCAACUAGAAUUUCUGGGAUUAAGUGCCACACGGUUACAAAAAUCUAGUGUGCUACUAAUUGCUCCUUUGCAUAUAAAUAAGGUUUUACUAGUCUUAGGAGACACUUAUGGGGAAAAAGAAGACCCUGAGAGCCUUCACAACCUUAACACAGAAAGUCUACACGUUGUUUUCCCCAGAAGAAAGGAAUUCAGUUUUACUUUGGAUGUAUCAGUCAGCACAGCAGUAAGUCUGGAACUAUCUAAUAUCAAAUGUGUGCUAGAUGAUAAUGGAUGUUCUUAUUUCCAGGAUAUUCUGUCAAAACUUCAAAAGAAUUCAAGGUUAUCAAAUCUUACUUUAAACAACAUUGAAACAACUUGGAAUUUUUUCAUUAUGAUCCUCCAGUUGGUUUGGCAUACAAGCAUAGAGUAUUUCUCAAUUUCAAAUGUAAAACUACAGGGUAAACCUGACUUAAGAUAUUUUGAUUAUUCUAACACUUCACUGAAGGCCUUAUCUAUACACCAUGUUGUCAGUGAUGCGUUCUCUUUGCCACAAAGUUAUAUCUAUGAAAUCCUUUCAAAUAUGAACAUCCAAAAUUUCACAGUGUCUGAUACACACAUGGUACACAUGGUUUGCCCAUCCCAAAUUAGCCCAUUUCUGUAUUUGGAUUUUUCUAAUAAUCUCUUAACAGACAUGGUUUUUAAAAAUUGUGGAAACUUGGUUAAACUGAAGACACUUAAUUUACAAAUGAAUCAAUUAAAAGAACUUGUAAGUAUAGUUAAUAUGACCAAGAAGAUGAAGUCUCUACAACAAUUGGAUAUUAGCCACAAUUCUCUAAGUUAUGAUGAAAAUGAAGGAAAUUGCAUUUGGACUGAAAGUUUAUUGAAUUUAAAUAUGUCUUCAAAUAUACUUACUGAAUCUGUUUUCAGAUGUUUACCUCCCAAGGUCAGGAAACUUGAUCUUCACAAUAACAGAAUAAGGAGCAUUCCUAAACCAAUCAUGAAACUAGAAGAUUUGCAAGAACUCAAUGUUGCUUCCAAUUCUUUAGCCCACCUUCCAGACUGUGGUACUUUUAGCAGCCUUUCUGUACUGAUCAUUGACUCUAAUUCAAUUUCCAACCCAUCAGCUGAUUUCUUCCAGAGCUGCCAGAAGAUUAGGUCCAUAAGAGCAGGGAACAAUCCAUUCCAAUGUACAUGUGAACUAAGAGAAUUUGUCCAAAGUCUAGGCCAAGUAUCCCGUGAAGUAGUAGAAGGUUGGCCUGAUUCUUACAAGUGUGACUAUCCAGAAAACUACAAGGGAACCCUGCUGAAGGACUUUCACAUGUCUCAGUUAUCCUGCAACACAACUCUGCUGCUUGUUACCAUUGGGGUCACUAUGCUGGUGUUGACUGCUACUGUGACCGCCCUCUGUAUCUACCUUGAUCUGCCCUGGUAUCUCAGGAUGGUGUGUCAGUGGACCCAGACCCGGCACAGGGCAAGGAACAUACCUUUAGAAGAACUCCAAAGAACCCUCCAGUUCCAUGCUUUUAUUUCAUAUAGUGGGCAUGAUUCGGCCUGGGUGAAGAGUGAAUUACUACCAAACCUAGAAAAAGAAGAUAUAAGGAUUUGUCUCCAUGAGAGAAGCUUUGUUCCUGGGAAGAGCAUCGUGGAAAAUAUCAUAAACUGCAUUGAGAAAAGUUACAAGUCCAUCUUUGUUUUGUCACCUAACUUUGUCCAGAGUGAGUGGUGCCAUUAUGAACUCUACUUUGCCCACCAUAAUCUCUUUCAUGAAGGUUUUGAUAACUUAAUCUUGAUCUUGCUAGAACCUAUUCCACAGUAUUCCAUCCCUAGCAACUAUCACAAGCUCAAAAAUCUCAUGGCACAAAGGACUUACUUGGAAUGGCCCAAGGAGAAGAGCAAACAUGGACUUUUUUGGGCUAACCUAAGAGCAUCUAUUAAUAUUAAAUUGAUGGAGCAAGCAAAAAAAUAGAUCACACAUAGAUCUAAAACUAUUCCCUUGUUUCUUCAGGGAAAAUGUUGCUGCCUUUGAAGUUCCAACAGUGACUUAUUUUGCAUCAACAGAAAUCUAAAUGCAAUUUUGAAUAUAUAAUCUAGAUAAAAAUGUGUACUUUCAGAGUCUCCAGUUCACCAUUUAUAUAUAGUAUUAAAAAUUAAUGCAAUGAUAUAAUUUUGAUUUAAGUUGUUAAUUUCUAACACGAGGAAUUUAUCUUUUUUUUGUAUGACUGAAUUCAUUGAGUUUCUCAUGUAAUCAAGACAAGUACCUAUUUAAAUAAUUUUAGUUUCUACAACAGAUUUCUGUAGCUAUUGGUGCCCUUCUUGUUUCUACUCAGCAUUUGUCCUUGCAUGGUGAAGACCACUUAUUUCUAAUGCUGCAGAUUCUUGGCCUGGAUUUUCUCCUGGCCAUGAGAACCUACUUGGCUUACACGAAGGGCAAUUUAAAAGUGCUGGAGAGGGGCGCCUGUGUGGCUCAGUGGGUUAAAGCCUCUGCUUUCGGCUC